CCAACCUCCCCGAAACCCAUCCGCCGCCGGAUGCGCAUGAUCACGUCGUGUCUUGAGUGCCGACGCCGCAAGCUCAAGUGCGAGAAGAAGCAGCCAUGUCACAACUGUAAAAGAUUUCUGAGGGAGUGCGUUUACCUGGGCCCUAAUCUCGACGAGGCCAGCCAGCAGCGCUUGACCGAGAUCAAGGAGCAGGUCGGGUCGCUAGAGAGGCAACUCGAGCGGGACGUAGCCAAGGGAGCUACUUCCCGCUGCAGCAGUAGCCCCGGCCGCCGUGGCGACGGCGCCCGCGCGCACCAGCAGAGGUUCCUGGCCGACGACGUCGAGGCCGAGCUCGGCGACGCGCGCGACCUGCAGAUCACCCCGAUGGUGGCUCUCGACCUCACGUACGACGACUACUCCGACGGCAACGGCGCCGACGACCUCAUUGACUUGGGAAUUCGCGUCGGCAAGAUGCGGAUUACGGAGCGCAUUGGCGGCCUGAACAGGCCGCGCAUUGCGGAAGAGAUACAAGCUGGACUUGCCGAUGCCCACGGCCACUUGUUCGGCGCUCCGAGCGCAUUCGGCUGCGACGGGUCGCCCGAUGCUCCCGACCUCCCAGAUUUUCUCAAGCCCGGCGAAUCGUAUCUUCCACCCACCAGCGGACUCUUCUUUGGCCAGUCUUCGCAGUCGCCGGAGUUCUUGAGCUUCCUGCCGGCAGAGGCGUUUGGUCACAAAUUGACCCAGCGCUACUUCGAGGCCGUCCACCCCAUCGCCCGAUGCGUCCACUGGCCGUCCUUCAAGGGAUUGUACGACUCUUUUUGGGACGACGUGAAUCACGGUAUCGAGCCUCGCCCCUCGGUACAGGCAGUUGUGUUUGCUGCCUGGUUCAGCGCCGCGGUUGGCGCAGACGACGCCUUCUGCCGGGAUCAGGAGUGCAAUAAGUCCCAGCUGGUGCUCCACAUGAAGAUAGGUACCGAGACGGCGCUGAGCAAGGCUAAGUUCCUGAGCACGACCAGGUUCGAGACUCUGCAGGCCUUCAUCAUGUACUUGGUCCGACGGUUGGUCUGGCACCAACUGUGCUUCCUCGACAUCCGCACGUGCGAGGCCCAGGGGCCGAAACCCGCCAUACGGCGCGAGGACUACGAUACCAAGAUGCCCGUAAACUGUGAGGAGGAUGAGUUGACGGCGCAGACCGUGGCUCUACCAACGCCGGCCGACAAGUGGACGUCCAUGCUCCUGCCGAUCAUUCGGUUCGAGAUCAACGAGAUGAUGCGCACCAUCUGGACGGACCGGCGCAAGCUGGAGAUGCGGCGGACGACGCUGACGGCCAUGCUCUCCAAGGUCGAAAACUUCCGCAAGCACAUGUUCGAGCGGUUCAGCCGGUGGCUCAACGACCGCGUGCCGAUACAGAAGUACGCCAAGCUGGUCAUGCAGCUGCUGACCUACCGGCUCCACGUCAUGGUCCUGCACCCGUUUCACUCUAACACGGCGAACCCGCUGCCCGACAGACUGAACGGCUUGCUGGUUAUGAGCGGGAUCGAGAUCAUCGAGAUCGCGAUCCGUCUCGAGUCGAACCCCAUGUUUCGAGACUGGGCCUGGUACCUCGGCGCCUACCAGCAAUACCAGAUUGCUCUGCUCCUGGCGACCGAGAUCUACUACCGGCCGAAUCACCGGCCGGAGCGGAUAUGGCCCUGCCUCGACUGGGUCUUCCAACUCGACCCCAACGCGCCGCGGGAGCAGAAGAUCCUGCAGAUCCUGACCGAGAUCAUGAGCAAGACGAGCCUCUACAUGGGUUUGCGCAGGGUCCGCGCGCCGACGGCAGUCAGCCGCGCCGUGCCUGGCAAGCAGGCUGUCAAGGAAUCUCCGCCGCCGCCGUCGGCGCCGCCGGAACCGCUGUCUCUCCUGGCGCAAUCUCAGGGGCCGCCGCCCCGGUUUCCCCAACAGCCUGCUCCUCCUCACCCGACGAGCGUGGGCCUCAUGCCGGGGCUCAAGACCGAGUCCCUGAUGUGCCCUCCCGGCAUGCCAACGACCGCGCCACCGCUACCACCACCGCCUGUCCCGGGAUCGAUCAACGCUCUCCACCAGCAUCAGCAGGUAUCCUUCCCGCCGCCCCAGCCACCCCAACCAUCCCAACCGCCAAUGGUCUUCGCCGGCGUGACCAACGGCGAGGCGCUCUGGAGCCUCCCGCCGCGCCACAACAACGGGCCCGGCAGCCCAGAGAACAGCAGUGACGGCGGCAGCGUCGCGGGCCAGCAGCGGCGGUUCGGGGACGGGAGCAGCGACGGGGGCGGGAACGGGGCCAGCUUGGUCGGGCAGGCCGAUACGAUCAAUAUGCUGUUCACGACGGAUCCGCAGACGGGCCAGCUGAGCUUCAAGUCGUUUGUCGAU